AAUCGGAAAAGUUCAGAAUCAUGCCAUCGACGACGUAUUUCGAGAUCGAUUAUAAAUAAUCAAUCCUUAACAAUAAAAUAAUCUCGAUAAAAUUGUCGACACAGAUCCCUUCAAGCACCCGUGCUACCAAUUCCAUCAAGAGGAUGUGUUGAUGGGGAAUCAGCAGUACCAGCCGAACCCCGGACAAAACCCGAAAAGCUCUUACCUGCCAAUGUUUCAAGCAUAUCCGAAUAUACCCACAAACGUACAAACACAAGCAAAUUACCACACUAUCCUCCCACAAAACGUUCUUGACCAGAUACGCAGCUGCGUGAGCGGGGCCAGUUCCAUAUUUAUCCUGCCGGCCAGCUGUCACCAACAAUCCAGUCAAACCGUCCAAGGAAACCCAAUACACCAGCAGACACCAACAGCACAAUUGACGAAUGUCAACCCGUCACAACCAAUCUCCUAUCCACCCUCCUUCUAUCCCUAUCCUAUCCCCAUGCCUAUCUACAACUCGUUUGGACAAGCUCGCGUUCAUUGCUCGCAUUGUUGGCAAAACAGACAAGCGGCCGGCAAGGGAUAUCCCCACGGAUGCUGCUGCCACAUGCUCAAGGUAGAGGAGGAGCAUCGUUGCACACCAACAGACGAUGACACUAUUUGCUCGAAACGGAACUGUCCAGCUUCCAUAAGUCUUCAGGCAUUGGCAUCGCAAUUUUUGACACUUCCAGGAAUUAUAUCUUGUUGCGCUACACGUUUGAUCCUGAGGAGAAUACCCGGCUCGAAUAUAACGACCAGCAUGGAGGAGACGAUGGAGAAGGCCCAAAUGUGUCUGAACACGCUUAACAAGGAACAGUUGCUGUCCGAAGCGAGGGGCGCGCAACAGUUGAACGCGUUGAUCAAUCUUCACAUGACCACGAAUCCACCGGCGAACAUUAUUCCGUUGCUCACGUUGGUGCAGGUGAAGGUGAACGUGUUGAAGGCGCAGGUGGAGAGUUUGAUCAACAAGAAGGUGAUGGAGUGUCAGGGAUAUGGGUACGAGGUGGAAACCGCGGGCCCCAUAGAUCCAGCCGUGCUCUGCACCAAGACGAACGAGGAGUUGCGACAUUUGCUCGCCGUCCUAAGGCAAAGAACCGACGAGCAACUUAACGUGAAUUACUCGCCUUAUAGCUCGCAAAGAGUGAUCGCCGAGGGCCGUUUAAUCAACGUCCGGGCGAAAAUCCGGCAAGUGGAGAUGGAAUUCGACAGAAGGAGGAGUAUCACGAUACCCGUGCCACUGCCCACCCUCACCUCGAGGGCGAUCCAACAAUUCUCCGAGUCCAGAUGCACAUUCGGUAUCGCGGACGCGCAUCUGUUCGAGCCUUACGUGCAGGGCAAGAUGUUCGAGUCGCCCGACCCGUUUUCGCGCUGUCCGCGCAGCCAUAAGAAGCUGUGCCUGCAACCGCGUGAAUAUUACCAGGACUCGGUGUGCAUAAGGCGAAACGUUAAAAUAAGGGAUACGUCCGACACUGGGACCGCGAUGCACAAAGACACGGGGACGGGGGAGAGUGGAGGUGCGAAGGAGAAGGGGGUUGAAUCGAAGUCGAGCGUGGAGAUCUGCACCUGCGAGACGACCACGUCCGAGGAGAGCGUUGACGAGGAUAAAAAAAAACUCCGAUUAAGUAUCGGCCGAAAAGGAAACGGGAGGACAAGUAGCGAGAAUAGUGCGAGAUAUGCAUCUAUUUUGAAACUGCCUCCUCACAUCGUUACGAGAGUCGGGGCGUGCAAGGCUGGGGGGUUGAAAGAGAUGAGAAAAGAAGGAGGAGGAGGGACGGACGAUGAGAGAGGGGAAGAUGGUGAAAUCGAGAAGGUUGGUGAAGUGAAAUCGACGAAGAUUGCUCCUAGCGGAGAGGCGCGUAAAAUUAAGAGCGAGGUUAAAAUGUUAAGGAUUGAGAAGAAAUCUGAAAUUAUUGGGCCGAUUCAGGUAAAGGUUAAAAGUAGGGAAAGUGUAAAAAUGUGUAAAGCCAGUAAAAGUGACGUGUUGAAGAAGAAGAUGCUCGAUUAUAAAUACAUUUUUACUAAGAAACCGGAAGAAGGUGAGGAGAUUGAUAAAAAGAAGAUAUUUCAUCUAAUCGAGGAAAGAAGAAAAGAGAAAAGGAUUACAUCGGAACCAAAAUUAGAAUUAGAUGAUAGAGAUGUUUCGGUUAAAGAUGAACCAGUCGAAAAAACGACUAAAGCCAGUAAGACUGAUAUGUUGAAGAAGAAGAUGCUUGAUUAUAAAUACAUUUUUACUAAGAGACCGGAAGAAGGUGAGGAGAUUGAUAAAAAGAAGAUAUUUCAUCUAAUCGAGGAAAGAAGAAAAGAGAAAAGGAUUACAUCGGAACCAAAAUUAGAAUUAGAAAAAGAUGGUUUACGGUUAAAGAUGAACCAGUACGAAAAAACGAGUAAAGCGAGUAAGACUGAUAUGUUGAAGAAGAUGCUCGAUUAUAAAUACAUUUUUACUAAGAAACCGGAAGAAAGUGAGAAACUAGAUAAAAAGAAGAUACUUGUAAUCGAGGAAAGAAGAAAAGAGAAAAGGAUUACAUCGGAACCAAAAUUAGAAUUAGAAAAAGAUGAUGUUUCGGUUAAAGAUGAACCAGUCGAAAAAACGACUAAAGUCAGUAAGACUGAUAUGUUGAAGAAGAAGAUACUUGAUUAUAAAUACAUUUUUACUAAGAAACCGGAAGAGAGUGAGAAACUUGAUAAAAAGAAGAUACUUGUAAUCGAGGAAAGAAGAAAAGAGAAAAGGAUUACAUCGGAACCAAAAUUAGAAUUAGAAAAAGAUGAUGUUUCGGUUAAAGAUGAACCAGUCGAAAAAACGAGUAAAGCCAGUAAGACUGAUAUGUUGAAGAAGAUGCUCGAUUAUAAAUACAUUUUUACUAAGAAACCGGAAGAAAGUGAGAAACUUGAUAAAAAGAAGAUACUUGUAAUCGAGGAAAGAAGAAAAGAGAAAAGGAUUACAUCGGAACCAAAAUUAGAAUUAGAAAAAGAUGAUAGAGAUGUUUCGAUUAAAGAUGAACCAGUCGAAAAAACGACUAAAGCUAGUGAAGUUGAAGUGUUAAAGAAACAGGUGCUUGAUUGUAAAUACAUUUCUGUUAAAGAACCGGAAGAAGGUGAGGAGUAUGAUAAAAAGAAGAUAUUUCAUGUAAUCAAGGAAAGAAGAAAAGAAAGUCAAAAAAAGAAAGAAAUUACAUCGGAACCAAAAUUAGAAUUAGAAAGCAUAGAAAAAGACGAUACAAUUGAUGAGUCAAAAGAUGAACCAGUCGAAAAAACGACUAAAACCAACGAGACUGAUGUGUUAAAGAAGAAGGUGCUUGAUUAUAAAUACAUUUCUUUUAAGGAACCAGAAGAAAGCGAGGAAUAUGAUAAAAAGAAAGAUGUUUCGAUUAAAGAUGAACCAGUCGAAAAAACGACUAAAGCUAGUGAAGUUGAAGUUAAAGAACAGGUGCUUGAUUGUAAAUACAUUUCUGUUAAACCGGAAGAAGGUGAGGAGUAUGAUAAAAAGAAGAUAUUUCAUGUAAUCAAGGAAAGAAGAAAAGAAAGUCAAAAAAAGAAAGAAAUUACAUCUGAACCAAAAUUAGAAUUAGAAAGCAUAGAAAAAGACGAUACAAUUGAUGAGUCAAAAGAUGAACCAGUCGAAAAAACGACUAAAACCAACGAGACUGAUGUGUUAAAGAAGAAGGUGCUUGAUUAUAAAUACAUUUCUUUUAAGGAACCAGAAGAAAGCGAGGAAUAUGAUAAAAAGAAGAUGUUUCAUGUAAUGAAAGAAAGAAAAAAGGAGAGUCAAAAAAAGAAAGAAAUUACAUCGGAACCAAAAUUAGAACUAGAAAGCAUAGAAGAAAAUGAUAGAGAUGUUUCAAUUAAAGAUGAACCAAUCGAAAAAAAGAAGAAGGUGCUUGAUUAUAAAUACAUUUCUAUCAAAGAACCGGAAGAAGGUGAGGAGCAUGAUAAAAAGAAGAUAUUUCAUGUAAUCAGAGAAAGAAAAGAGAGUCAAAAAAAGAAAGAAAUUACAUCGGAUCGUACAAAAUUAGAGUUGGAAAACUUAGAAGAAGGUGAUAUAGAUGUUCCAAUUAAAGAUGAAUCGCUCGAAAAAAUGAAAUUUGCUUAUUUCCCAUUCAAAGAACUGAAAAAAUUAAAAAAAUCAAUUUCGCUUUCUUCGUACACUUCAGACAAUGAAGUGAAGAAAUUGGAAGAAGAAAAUGCAAAAGAUGAUGAAGUUGAAAAAGAUGAACGUAACGAAAUCGAAAAGAAAAAUGCCAAGGAAAAACAUGUACAGUUCGUUUCUACGAUGACCCAUAUAAAAUAUGAUAAAAAUUUUGGCGAUUUUUAUGGAUGGGAUAUUAAUGAAUAUUCGGUUCAAACGAGUGAAAAUCGAUGCAAAGAAAAGAUUGAAUAUGAUCCUUCGAAGGAUGUUAGUAAAGAAAAUGAAACUGAAGACGAUAACGUGUAUUUUGUUUCGAAAAAAGAAAAUUGCUCGAUUGUAUCUGGUAACCAAAAAUGCGAAUCAAUAACAACGGUCUCUACGGGUAUCGAAAUGAGCAAUAUGAUUGAAAACUGUACAGUUGCUGAGAAAAUGUUCCCAAAGAAUUGUCGAAUAAAUGACGAGAAAACGGCAAAUGGACUCAAGCAAUUUCCACCAUUGAAGUAUGCACAUCAAAAGAUAGCAGAAACAACAAAUACCAAUAUCUCAGAUAAUACGUUCCACGAAAAAGAAUCGAAUUCCUCCAAGAUCGUUUGCGAUAGAAGUAGCUCUUAUCAUAGUAUUUCAAGAAUGGAAAAUAACAUUGUUUCUGUGAUAUUCUCUAAGAUUGAGAAUCGAUUCGCAUCAUUCAACUCGUUGUUAAAAAAUAUACCAAGUUUCAACGACAUUCUAUCGAAUUUUCAUUUCCACAAAUUGUCAAGUAACACUCACGAUAAAAAUAUUCAGCAUUCGAAUGGACAAAUUACCAGAAAUAAAAAUAAAAAAUCUCAGAAAGACGAUUGGAUUUUACUUCCCUCGAAAAGCGAUCACCACAUUUCCGGCGGAAAUCGCAUUUCGGUCGGUGAACAGUAUAGUAAUGUGCGUUUAGUGAAACAUUCUAUAAUUGUGGAUGAAGAAAAGAAAAAUUAUUUGCUUAUUACGGGUUCUGUUAGUAAUCAAUUUCGACAAUUGUUGAGAAAAGGUUUCAAACAACCGUAUUAUACUCGCAGAAGUAUAGUGAUAAGAAGUCGAUUGAAAAAUUCCGAAAAUUCGAAACAGAAAUGUGCGCAUCCUUUUACGAUGUUUAAACGAAUUAAAAAAAAUAAAAUUGACGUGUCUCAGGCAUCGACGUGCUACAAGCAUCAGAUAGAAACUAGAGAAAAAUUGUUAGUCUUACCGAGAAUAUCGGAAGAUAUACAAACUUUAUCUAAUAACGAACAUAAAGAUGAAUUUGUAGCGAUAUUUAAAAACGAAAUAAUGCAACAUAACAGUAAUUCUGAUACUACUAUUAACUACUCCAAUGAUUAUUCGUCGAUCAAUGAAAAUGAGCGUUUGGCAGUAAAGUAUAACAUAUUUGGAGAUUAA